AUGACAAAACUUUUCUUCCAAGUUCCAGCCUUCGUCUCAGCCUCGCGGCCGGGAGGCGAAGAACAAGGCAACGCAAUGGAGUCGCAUUUGAACUACCUUCUCGCCGUGGACUUCUCUCCAGUCUUGCACACAGAUGACCUCAACGCGCUCACGCAGCAGAAUGCGCAGGCGAUGGUGGCAGAGUUGUGCAGCCUGCCGCACGAAACAACCGACGACGGGGUUCUGGUCUCCCUGCCGCCUCCCGUGAAGAACUCCACCUUCAAACUUCCGCGCAUGCAUCCGGCUCCAGCUGCGAAGAAGCUGACGCGCUGGGAAGCGUUUGCGAAGGAGAAAGGCAUCCAGAAGAGGAAGCGCAGUCGCCUGGUCUGGGACGAGCGCACCAAGGACUGGGUUCCGCGCUGGGGCCACAAAGGCAUUCAGAAGAUGAAGGAAAUCUCCGAAGCGGUAAUCGAAGACAAGGGCGGCGAGUACGUCGGACGCCGAGGCAGAGACCGCGGCGUCACCAAGAAGCUGGGGAGCACCGUGAAGGAGACGCGAAAGGCUCGAAGGCAAGACGUCGGUUGCCCGUUCGAAGCGAAGGCGAAGGAGGCAAAACUGAAACGCGCCAAACAGAAACUUCGCGAGCUUCGAAACAAAUUGGAGGCGGAAACGGACCGACGCCUACCGCCAGGCGUUCUCGCGACACUCGCGGCGGGAGGCGAAGCAGCCAGCGCAGACAUGCACGGCAAGAAGGCUGGACUCAAACACCGCAAACAGACAAAGGAAGAGUUGAAAGAAGUGCUGAGAAGGCAAGUCUCGGACAUUCACCACCAGGCUCAGACAUCCACUGCUUCGUUUGGGCAGUUCGAUCGGCUAGCGAAGAACGAGAAGAAAGAGAAGCAAAAGACGCGCACGAAAGGCGUGUCUCUGUCUCUCGAGGAGGAGCGUGGAAAGUACAGAAGACACCUGAAGAACAUCCUCUCGUCGUCCGAGUCUGGAGCUGUCUGA